GCUGUAAGCAGGCUGUGAGAAACUCGCCUGCCUCUCUGCCACCGGGCGACUUUGCCACUUUCGUUUGUCGGCCUGGCGCCGUGUGAACCGCGGCGCCUCUGUCUGCGGGGCCAGCGCUCCAGGAAUGAGUGUGGCUCCGUUACUCGGGGUGUACAACAAGGUGGGAAACCUUGAAUAAUGUGAGACGGGGAGCGAGCCGGAGAAGGCGAAUCCCAAGUCAAACCAGCGGGUCACCAGGAGGUGAGGCUCGCCUUCUUCCCUGGGUUCAGCUAAAGUUCAGCAGCAUAGCAUUAGGCAAAUUAGGGAGACAAGAGUGUUGGGGUUGGAAGAAAGAAGAAAAAACCUAGAGCUUGAGGGACUGAUUGAAGAUGGUAAGGAGUGAGGAACUAACAGGGAAAAAAAAAACAUCAGAGAGAUGCGUGCUGCAGCUUUCAUUAUACCCAUAAACUCCCGUGGAAAGAUAUGAAAGACUAAUUACUGCGCUUAUAUAACUCAAUCAUGUCAUGAAAGCCGUUCCUAUUUAAAGCCCCCGCUGCUGGGUUAGAGGGAGGGCCCCGCUCUGCCUCAUUCAGGCCCUGCGUUGCAGAAAGGGACAUCCAUUGUCACGUCCCUGAAAGGGUUAAAUAUGGGAGGAGCGGCUGCAUGAAAGACACUGAGGUGGUGGGGGCGGGUGAAAAAGGCCGGAGCCCGCUGGAGGUGGAGCCAGAUCCCCUCAGCUCAGCUGCUGCGCCUUGUCACAUUUCUGCACAAUAUGAUCGCCGCUCGCCUUGCUGUGGGAACAAUUUCUCUCUCUGCAAACACGAAGCAGGCGGUGCAGCCGGGAGUCUGAGUGAGAGCGAAAGGAAGCCGCCGGGUUGCUGCACAGGAGAGGAGGGGACGGCGGUGGCUGGUGGUGGAGGGGGGGAGCUGAUAAGGAGUCCAGCCGCGGCGGAUCGGGCACUAACGGGACAACCGAGCGGAACCCAGCCGGAGGACGGAGCGGAACUCCGCGGAAUCUUAACGCCUCUGUCCCGGAUCGGAUUUAUUCCUGCUCUGCUGCCUGGGAUUUAGUUGCGGUUCGCAACGCGGACGGAGCCUUGUCUAAAUGUUGCUCCGACUCCGAUCGAGGCCGACCUGAGCGGACCGGACCGGACAGGACAGUUCUAUUUCUGCUGAACUUCCCUCGGUUCGGUUUGGCAUACUGUGUGUGUGUGUGGGUUUUUUUUUCUUUCUUUCUUUCUUUCUUUCUUUCUUUUUCUUGGUGCUGCUCCGACGGACACAAUGCGGACUGCUUUUUUAAAUCUUCUUCUCAAACGAGGUUGAUGUCUUUUUAUUAUUAUUUUUUAAUUUUGCUGCUGCUGUCGCGGUUCCUGCAGGAAGAUGCCAGAUGUCCAAAUCGUCCCGCUGUGUUUGGAUCUAUCACUUUUCCCUCGAUCUUGAUGCCGUUUCCCCCCUCGCUCUCCCCUCCAUCUGAGCCAGUCUACCUCUGAGCACCGCUCCGUGUUUUCAGCGCCUCUCCCCGCCGCCGCCGCCGCCUCUCUGCCGCGUAUGAUGUACGAGAGCGUGGACGUUGUGGGACUGAAUCCCAGCCCGAACCCGUUUUUAAUGAUGGAUUAUUACAACCAGAGCAGAGGAUGCUUGAUCCCAGAGAAGGGGCUGGUGCCCGGGGCGCCCCAUCCUUACAGCACGUCCAUCAGGAACCAUCACUGGAACGGCUCCAAUCACUCAAUAGAGACCCAGAGCACCAGUUCAGAGGAGAUAGUGCCAAGCCCGCCCUCGCCUCCCCCGCCGCCCCGCGUCUACAAGCCCUGCUUUGUGUGCCAGGACAAGUCCUCAGGGUACCACUAUGGUGUCAGCGCCUGUGAAGGCUGCAAGGGUUUCUUUCGGAGAAGCAUCCAGAAGAACAUGGUGUACACUUGUCACCGGGAGAAGAACUGCAUCAUCAACAAAGUCACCCGCAAUCGCUGCCAGUACUGUCGGUUACAGAAGUGCCUGGAAGUUGGGAUGUCUAAGGAGUCGGUGAGGAAUGACCGGAACAAGAAGAAGAAGGAUGAGAAGAAGCAGGAAUGCACGGAGAGCUACGUGCUGAGUCCCGACACGGAGCAGAUGAUCGACAGGGUUCGCAAGGCGCACCAGGAUACUUUCCCCUCUCUCUGCCAGCUGGGCAAAUACACUACGUCUAACAGCUCAGAAAGGCGCGUGUCUUUGGACAUAGACCUGUGGGACAAGUUCAGCGAACUGUCCACCAAGUGCAUCAUAAAGACGGUGGAGUUCGCCAAGCAGCUGCCGGGCUUCACGACGCUCACCAUCGCCGACCAGAUCACUCUGCUCAAAGCCGCCUGUCUGGAUAUUCUGAUAUUGCGCAUCUGUACACGUUACACACCAGAGCAAGACACCAUGACCUUCUCAGACGGCCUCACGCUAAACCGAACCCAGAUGCACAACGCCGGCUUCGGUCCCCUCACUGACCUGGUGUUUGCCUUCGCCAACCAGCUCCUGCCUCUAGAGAUGGACGACGCAGAAACGGGGCUCCUUAGCGCCAUCUGCCUGCUGUGUGGAGAUCGGCAAGAUUUAGAAGAAGCAGACAAAGUGGACAUCCUGCAGGAGCCCCUGCUGGAGGCCCUGAAGAUUUAUGUACGGAAGAGGAGGCCCCACAAACCUCACAUGUUCCCCAAGAUGCUGAUGAAGAUUACUGAUCUGAGGAGCAUCAGUGCUAAAGGAGCGGAGCGCGUCAUCACACUGAAGAUGGAGAUCCCUGGAUCCAUGCCGCCUCUCAUCCAGGAGAUGCUGGAGAACUCUGAGGGCCUGGAGAGUGGCGCUGCAGGCAGCAGGCCCAGCGGCGCCCCCCCGGGCAGCUGCAGCCCCAGCCUGUCCCCCAGCUCGGCCCAAAGCAGUCCAGCCACACAGUCACCGUAGAGACGGCCCUCUCGUUUUCAUCGUUUUCUUCUCUUCAUGUCGUCUCCAAACAGAAAGGAGGGGGGGAGGAGCAAAGGAAGGUGGGCUUCGAUCCUAACUGCUGAUCACAGAAGACUGGCGGAGACGCCUCCUUCUCUCCACCACACCCCCAUCCUCCCACCACCCGACACAAGUCCACAUCUCCUGAUCUGCUUGCUGUCACCGUGGAACACUGUCCAGACAGGAGGGGGGAGGGGUUGGUUUAGACUGGGACGGACCGGACUGGACCGGACCGGACCGGGACGAGAGAUGAACCCCGUAACCACAGACUCCUCCUCCUUUUCCUCCACCUUCCUCAGAGUCACAGACGUUAACAAGUCCGGAUGCAGCGACCUGUUCUGAAUGAGUGAGAGCAGCACAACAGGACGAAGACAUGGACAUGGACAUGGACAUGGACAUGGACAUGGACAUGGACAUGGACAUGGACAUGGACAUGGACAUGGACAUGGACAUGGACGGAGACUGACCUGACAAACACCAGACACUUUGAUGUUGUUCCUCUACAGACUACAACUUUGAUCGUUGAAGACCCCACUCCUCAAAAGACUCUGGGUCUUUCCUCUGUUUUUUUUUUUUUCUUUUGUGUUUAAUUUUCAAGCAAACAAAAAAAAAAAAAACAACAACCAGAUUUUGUACAAAAGAUAUAUAAAUAUAUAUAGAAGAGUUAAGGAACUAUGGUGCUUGGCGUGUCCGGGAGCGAACGGCAGGCUGACACCAGGACGAGUUUACCGCGCUGAGAUUAGAACUUGUUGUACUCCUUCACUGUUUGAAUCUUUUUCAUACCUAUCAAAGAAUAAUGAGAGACGUUUCCGUUUCACGUUUGUAUAUUAUUCUUAAUAACAGGAAGAUAAACAAGAAGAAAAAAAAACAAAAAAAAAAAAAGACAUUGACAUUUCUCUGGAGUCGUACACAAACACAGAAACGUGCACAAGAAAACGAUGAACAUCAGCUACUAUUCCAGGUUGGAUUUGUUUUCCCUUUAAUCUUUUUUUUCCCUGUUCUGUUUUCUUCUCUAGAGAAUGAAAAAAAAACUGAUUGUAUGAACUUGGUUGUAUGAUAUUGUCACAGGUCCUUUCAAGAAAUCAAAUUAAUGAAGAGUCAUUAUUAAGGUGUAUUUUCAGUGGCUUUGAGUUUGUGUAUAUAAGCUGUAUUCAUUUCUUUAAAACUAUGAAGAGUUUUAGGCCUCACAUGAUUUUUUUUUUUAAUUCCUCUUUUUGUGUUUUGUUCUAGUUUUUGUGAUUCAAGAAAAUACAUUUUUGAGCACAUUUUACCGAAGGAAGUUGUUUUCAUGCUUUGUGUCCUACUGGAGCGUGUUGGACGAGCCCCUCCACCCGUCACUGUUCACACACCGAUUCAAACAUCUGCCCCUUCCAUUCUGCAGCCGUGUGUCUUCAUGCUGUACAGAAUGAUAGCUAGGCAUGGGCCGCUGUGAUGUCAUCACCGUCUGACCUGAGAAAUGCCGCCAUAUCAAAGUGUUUUGCACAAAAACGUUUGUGUCAACAGGUCAAGGAAAAUGUUAUUUCUGGGCACAUUAAGAUGAAUAUGAUCAUCUCCGUCUGCUUUGUCAGGAAUAAAAGUGCAUUUUUAAUUCCAUUUUUAAGAAUUAACAACAUUUAUUUGUUGGUUAAUUUCAUUUUGAUUCAGUCUGACAGAUUUAGAUAACAAAUUAUUUUUAUCCAUGUUAUUCAAGCAGUUUUCAGACAGGAAGUGAGGCAUUUCUCUAAAGAUUGUAAAUAUGUAAAAGCAGCAUCAUUUUUUUCUGUUUGUUUAAAUUCUGGCCCAAAAAAAAAAAUGGCAUGUUGAAAAUUAGCUGUAACCUCCAUAAUAUAGGAAAAAGCAAACUUCCUAUUUAAGACCUCCUUGCCAUCACCCUAAUGUUUAGCUCCCUCCACAGAUUCUCUGUCAGAUAUCAGAAUGUGAAUAUUGCUUCCAGUCAGCAGAAACAUAUUGGUAACUUAAACAAAACAACACAAACUGCCGGGGAUGUGAAUCAUUUUAGGUUUAACUCCAGUUUCAACACGAUGUUGCACUCCUUUCAUUUCCCCAUCGUGACUGUUGCUGGUUUUUGUGACUGGAACUAUUUCCAAAUUUCACCUCAUUUCUUGUACCCAGAAAAAAAAGCAUAACUGUUUUUUCAGCCAGCUGAUUGGAGGAAGAGUAUAAGGUCAUCAAAUAGAAAUAGUAUGCAAAAAAAACAUCAAGUCUUACCAAGUAUAUUUGGUCUAGUUUCUUGUGCAAAUAUCUUAGAACACUUGAAAUCAGACGAAACUAAUUUUAAAGUAACUUUUCAGCAAGAAAUGGGAUCUUGUUUUAAGUAAAUAAUUCACUAAUAUUGAUGAAGAAGUACUGGUUCCACUGGGAGAUUAUUUCACUUAUAACGUGGGAAAAAUGACGUGUUAGAAGUGAAUUAAUUUACCACUUUUUCAUCAACAUUAAUGAAUCAUUUACUUAAAACAAGCUCCUAUAUCUUGCUGGAAAGUUAAUUGUAAUUUAGUUUUGUCUUAUUUAAGAUAUUUGCGCCGUAAACUAGACCAAAAAAAAAAAAAGACUAGGUAAGACUUUGUGUUUUUUCUCUAUGGGACAUUUUAACCAUCACUCACAUAAAUAAAUACUACGUCACUAUUAUUUUCUGUUAAUGCGCUCCUGUCUGGUGUUUAAACCAGUUAAACCCGUUCUCUGAACUCCAGUAACCGGUUCUGUCUCGACAGGUCCAGCAGAACCACACCCCGUCGGUGUUCUGGCCUACAUUGAUCCCGCUAGCCGGCCCAUGCCUAUAGUUAAUAAAUUAAACACUCCUGUCAGAGCACAGCUUUCGUUUUUUGUUUUUAUUUUUAUUUUUAUAUUUUACAUUGUAGCCGAAAAAACCCGAACAAAGAUGGCGAGUAAGACGGCUCGUGGGGCGAAGGAGGCUCGGCCCAGCCCCAGCAGGUCAGCUUCAGAGAGAGUUCUCAUGUGAGGGAGGGUGUAUUAUUACACUCCGUGUUAAACACACAAGUGUUUAAAUACUUGUAUUAAUGUGAGGGAGUGUGUAUGCGCUCUGUAUUAAACACUUGCCAUGUUCUCGGUACUCUGAAUGAACGGGUUUGCGUUGAACGGGACGGGACUGGAUUGUAGUUGGCGUCUGUCAGAGAAGGUUCCAGACAGAAGUUCUCCCCAGAACCAAUCAACUUUCAGAACAAAUGUGCGUCAGAUCCGGAGCAGGCGGGCGCCCACUCAUUCACACUAAAAAAAAACGUCUUCACCGUGAACAACGCGCCAUCCGGACCGUCGUUACUGUACCGCACCAAAUGUCUCAGGAAGGAAUCAUUUAUGUGUGCUUGGCCUGUUGCUUGUUUUUGUUCUGUGAUGCGAUCUCUAAAGCCUCCAAUCACAAAUGCAUAUGAUGUGUACACACUUCUGCUACUGAGCCCCAUCCCGCUCCCCCCCCCCCCCCCUCCUGUCGAAACCCCCCCUGCACACACACCCCCACACCCGAAUAUUUCCUCCAAUCACCCACCUUUGUUAAAGCCUGGCCCGCCAGGACUCGUGCAGAGACUCGGACUCUGAACCUCUCGAUGUUGCAACAUAGGAAGCCAGUGUGAAAUCUCUCUGAAUCAU